CUUUUCCAAACCAUUCGCUGAAAGGUUCCGAUCCAUUCUUAGUCUUACCGACCGUCUUAUAAUGCCAGAAGUCGGUGAAGUUGCCCACGCGGUGGCCCAGCUACGCAGAAACACCCUCAACCACAAGAUCGUCUCAUUAGGUCUCCAGGAAGACAGUCUACUCUUUCCCUUUUUAAAAGACCCCGAAAACACCGAAAAAAUACUGGAUCUCCACGACAAACUCCUAAAUACUACUAUUUUGAGUGUCGGCAGGCACGGCAAGUACUUCUGGAUCCGUCUUUCCUCGAGCGAUGGCAGUCCUGAGACCUCAGUCUUGGUUAUGCACUUCGGGAUGACGGGGUGGAUCAAAUUGAACAACAUCCCAUCCAGCAUGGUCUUCAUGGAAGGCGGAGGCGACAAGCUCGUAUUGGAGCAGAUCAAAAAGGAAGAGGACAAAAUCAAAUACGAAGCAAAGUUUGAGAAGGAGGGUUUGUUUGGAGACAAGGAACCCGAAGAGGUGUGGCCACCAAAGUUUUCUAAGCUAAUCAUGAAGUUACAGAACGAGAGUACAGGACACACAAUUGACUUGUCUUUUGUGGAUCCCAGACGGUUGGGGCGGAUCAGACACUUGACGGGGCCAAAGGUCCAAUCCAACAAGUCGCUAGUGUGCGAGUGCUCGCCUCUCAAGGAGUUGGGGCCGGACUACCUGAAGUCCUCGUACUUUGACUCGUCGCCACCGUUUGUCAGUGGGGACCCGGAUCCAAAUAACCACGGAAAACCGAGAUUGUCGCUCCCGGACUUCCAGGCCCUCGUGCUUUCCAAAAAGAAACCCAUAAAGUCGUUGUUGCUUGAACAAACAAUCUUUUCCGGAGUUGGAAACUGGAUGGCGGACGAGAUCUGUUUCCAGGCCCGCAUCCAUCCCAAUGAAAUCCUCACAAGUGUCAUCAGCAGCGACGGGACCAUACACCCGUUGAUAGAAAAGCUCUAUGAGACGGUGAUAUUUGUGUGCGAAACGGCGGUAAAAUACGAAGCGGAGGUGUUGCAGUUCCCGAAAGACUGGUUGAUGCCCUACCGCUGGGGCAAGAGACGUAAGAACGUCAAAGUCAAGACCUCUGACGGGUACGAUGUGGACUUUAUCACCAUCGGAGGAAGGACCAGCUGCUUUGUUCCGGAGGUGCAGAAGACGUUCAAGAGUAUGGAUAUGGCGCAGAAGCGGAAGGUCAAAGAAGAAGCCGUUUUAGAGGUUCUGGAAAUUACCGUCGCCGGUUUCAAGGUGGAGGAGGUCACACUUAAGCGGUCUAAGAGGAAGAAGAACUGAGCUCUGAGAAAGGGUGAGCAUUAGCGGUAGGGCCGGGAAGAUAUCUAGGUUACUAAGCCGUUUCGGAAAUAUUUAAAGAGUUUACACUUCAGAGUCUAGGGGUUACCUAAGUUUACUAGAAUACUGUAACUUAAUAAUAG